AAAUCGCCCAGAACAGUAUAUGUGAACAGUUCCAUGAUGCACAAAUAGUGCUGAUGCGCUGAUUGUGGACUUUGUGAAAAGCAGAAUACGGGGAUGAUCUAAAUGAUAUAGUAGCAUGGCGCACACGGCGGACUGCGGGGCUAGCGCUGGACCAGAACGCGGCCGGGGCACGUUUAUGUCCCUGACAACAAUAAGAUGGACCAGCCUGAAAAGAUUGUCAUCGACCCUGUGCUUAAUAAAGUGGUGAAGAACCUCGAUGAGGCUAUGAAGAUUCUAGAAGAUGGUCGAAGUGAGGUUCCGGGGGAGCAGAGGGCCACUCGGAGGCACAUCCCAGGACCCUUGCAGCGAUGUGGCCAGGACGCCGUCAGUAUUCUGCAGCUAGUUCAGAGCCUCACGUGUGGAGGAGAGACCGAGGACCGUCCAUGCAGGGUGCAGGGUGACAGGAAGGCCAGGGAUGUGGCUCUCCUCGGACACAGUGUGGCAGCGUAUCUCUCCAUGCUGCACCGGGAGCAGCAGAGACGACUAGCCACUCGGGUCCAGUCCGAUGUCACACUUUGGCUCUCCCGCCUCUUCAGGUACGAAAACGGCUCCGUGUCUUUCCAUGAGGAUGACAGACAGGGCCUUCUAAAAGUGUGUCGCCUUGUCAUCCACUCCCGCUACAAGGACUUUGCCACUGAAGGUGUCACCGUGCUCGGCUGCAGACAUCCUGUCAUCUACCAGAGCUCUGCCUGCAGGCCUGGCCUGGGUCAAUACCUUUGCAGCCAGCUGGGCCUGCCCCUGUCAUGCCUUUAUACUGUGCCAUGUAAUACCGCUUUUGGAUCUGAACACCAAAUGGACGGUUUCCUUCUUGACGGGAUCAUUAAGGAGGACGUGGAAUCAGGGAAGCUUCCUCUGCUGUUGAUAGCGAAUGCUGGGACGGCAGCUGCAGGACACACUGACAGGCUGGAUCAUCUGAGAGACCUUUGUGACCAGCACAGCAUGUGGCUUCAUGUAGAAGGAGUCAAUCUAGCAAUGCUGGCUUUGAGCUGUGUCCCUUCCCCACUUUUGCCAGCUACGAAGUGUGACAGCAUGACUCUGACCCUGGGGCCGUGGCUCGGACUGCCCUCCAUGCCAGCUGUCACCCUUUACAGGCACGAGGACCCGGCCUUGGCUCUUGCUGCAGGACUGUCUUGGACUCAGCCGGGAGAGAAUCUGCAGCCACUUCCUCUUUGGAUGUCCCUGCAGUACCUUGGCCACAGUGGCAUAGUGGAGAGGAUCCAGCAUGCCUUGGGGCUGAGUCAUCGUCUCCUAGAAAGUCUGAAGAAGAUGGCAUUCAUUAAAACUUCGGGUGACAAACAGAUGUCUCUUCUCGAGGCUUUGAACAUGGUGGAGGAUGAGCCGAACUGUCCUGUGGUCGUUUUUAAGUUCUGUCAGGAGAGCCCCACAGAUUCAGUGAAUGAUUUCUCAGAAAACAAGGGAGAAUUUGAGGAUUCACUCAACAGAUGGCUGGGUGAACAGUUGGGGCUGCUAGUCUCAGCCAGCGGCCUGGACGUAGUCUACCUGGAUGACGAAGGCAGCUGUGUCCGCUUCAACCCGCUGAUGACCUCUGCAUUGUUGGGCACACAGGAAAGCGAUGUGGACGCUGUUGUGGAGCAGUUGGUCAGCUUGGUGCCUCUUCUCUGCUGGACCUCGUGUCUCAGACACCACUUCUGUGAGGAAGUGUCCCGGCAUAACAGGCUGAUGUACCUGGAGGAGCCCAGCUGGCCGGGUCUAGGUGCCAUCAGGUAUCAGCCCAGCGGGGAAGAACCUGAUGGUUCCAAGAGGCAGCAGCUGGUGGAAAAGAUCAAUAGUGACCUGCUGAAGAAACUGCAGGUUCUGGGUGCUGAAGUGGACUUCUCCACUGGUCCUGAGUUUGGUGCAGAGAAGAAUUGUAUUUUUGUUGGCAUGGCAACAGAGGACCUUGAUGUGGUGAAAUUGGUUGAUACCAUUGAAGCCGUGGGUAAAGACAUCGAAGAGAGCAACCAGCUGUUGGAGAAUAUGUCAGAGGUGGUGCAGAGGGGCAUCCUGGAGGCCGAGUCACAGCUACAGAAAGCCACUGAAGAGAAGCUGAUGCAAGAGGGCGUCCUGAGGCAGAUCCCAAUGGUGGCUUCUGUCCUGAACUGGUUCUCUCCAGUCCAAAGUUUGGUCAAAGGCAGCACUUUCAGCUUGGCUUCAGGUUCGUUAAACUCCACAGAACACACAUACACCAUGAAGACCUUUGAAGUCCAAGGGACAUCUGUCACGUCAGCCACUGUUGCCAUCGAGGGGUCUCUUGGGAAGGAGCCAUCUCAUCAUUCCCGGGUAGCCUGUGACUCGCUUAGUCAGGCCACCCAUCUGAGUCAUGCAGCAGGAGCAGAAAGACAGAACAUUCAUUUCCCACUUCCAGAUGUGAGCGGCCCCGAAACGAUCCUGGAGCCCACGCAUUAACGCCCGACAGAGUCUCCACAGAUCAGGGGACACGCCAACAGAAUAAGGGGCUUUUAAGAAGAAGAGAGAGAGGCUUGCCAAUGAGAAGCAGAGGCUGGGGAGAUAGGCAGAGCAACCUGGCCAGAGAAGAGGCGGCUUGCUUUGUCACUAAAGCUCGGCUAGGAUAAUAAAACAUGGCUCACGCCAUGUUUAAGGCUACUCUAUAGUUUCGGAGACUUAUUUAAAAAAAAAUUGUAAUUCUGUCCAAAAAAUGGAAUACAUUUAAUGAAAAACAGGGGGAAAGUCCCUUUCACUGGCAACAGUGUAAUAUGCAGACUGCUAUUAACAUUUAAUGGCAAUUAUGUGAAAUAUGCACUGAUGUUUUUUUUCUUUUUCUGUGUUGCCCUGCCAAAGUAUCACAGAUCUCGUAAUACGAGACCCCUGGACAUCUAAUUCGUAGAACCCAUAGAAUCGGGGUGAAUGAAGACCUCAGGCUCAUUGUAGGUACAUUUUGCUGUCCUGUUCAGUGAGGAAUAAGAGGUGCCACAGCAUUCAGUGCAUCAUCUCUGCUGUCACCCAGAUAAUAAGACACUGACUAUAAACACGCAGUUCUGGCCCUGUUUUCACGUUCCGACUCCACCACAGCUGAGUGAAAAAAAGACCGAUUUAAAAACAUACUUCCCAUUUAGACUAAUGGUUUUUGUUACUCAGAGGAAAUUGAAUACAAUU